AUGAACUUGAAGAGGGGGGAUUUUUUGUGGGUGCGGAGUCAUCAGCGUUACGUCUACUGCGGCUGCCAGGUCCAUGCCGAGGCUCCCUGCUGUAGCGGGCUGGAGACUCCCGGCUGCGGCGGGUUGGAGACUGCCUGCUGCGGAGGCACCAUCUCCUACUCUGGAUGCGCAGCACAGCUAUUUCUACAUGUCUUCUUCAUUGGAACAGAGUUUUCCCUCCUGACUGUCAUGUGCUACGACCGCUAUGUGUCCAUCUGCAAACCCCUGCACUACAGGACCCUCCUGGGCAGAAGAGCUUGUGCCCACAUGGCAGCAGCUGCCUGGGCCAGUGGCUUCCUCAAUUCUCUGCUGCAUACAGCCAAUACAUUUUCCCUGCCCCUGUGCCAUGGCAAUACCCUGGGACAAUUCUUCUGUGAGGUACCACAGAUCCUCAAGCUCUCCUGCUCACACUCCAACCUCAAAGAAUUUGUACUUAUUGUGUUGUCCAUAUGUUCUGUGGUGCCUCCAGCCCUGAACCCCCUCAUCUACAGCCUGAGGAACCAGGAGCUCAAGGCUGCAGUAUGGAGGCUGAUGACUGGAAAUUUUAGGAAACAUUAA